AUGAGCUCUCAAGCAUACUACGAGCUCUACCGCGGUAGCAGUCUCGGACUCUCCUUGACAGAUACACUCGAUGACCUCAUCAACGAAGGCCGAAUCGAGCCACAGUUGGCUAUGAAGAUUCUCUCGAACUAUGAUCGUUACGUUACGGAGAUACUAGCUGUGCAGGUUCGGGCGAGGUUGACGUUCAAGGGCCACCUCGAUACAUACCGUUUCUGCGAUGAAGUGUGGACGUUCCUGAUCAAGGAUGUCACGUUCAAACUCGAUAAUCAACAGACUGUUUUGGCCGAUAGGGUCAAGAUUGUGAGCUGUAACAGCAAGCGUCCUGGAGAGACCUAA